UUUGCAAAAUUAUCAUAAAAACCUCAAUUAAACUAAAUUAUUUAUGUAGUAAAGUUUGCUAUCAGUGAGUGGUGUAUGAAAAGUUAAAGAAUAUGCUUUCCCAUUUAAAAGAUAUACUUAAAUACAGCAUACAAUAUGCCUGUGUGACACAUUGUUUUUUUGAAUAUAUUGGCGAUUUUGUGGUGUGCAGUGGCCCCUCCAUGGAACCCACCUUGUUCUCCAACAAUAUUCUACUUACCGAAAGAAUAACAACACGUUUUCAUAAACCCAAUCGUGGCGAUAUUGUCAUUGCCGUCUCACCCACCAAUCCCGAGCAGUAUAUAUGCAAACGUGUUGUUGGCUUGCCGGGUGAUAAAGUUAUUUUGGAACAGCCCCCACCCGAACUUCAUGAUGUUACAACUGAUGUAGUCAAAAACACUGCCACUACCUCCACCUCGAAAUCCGCAAUAACAGAAGAUUACGUGCCAAGAGGUUUUGUAUGGAUCGAGGGAGAUAAUCAGAGAAAUAGUUCAGAUUCUAGAUAUUAUGGACCAAUACCUUUGGGUCUGAUUAAAAGUCGGGCGGUUUGCAGAAUAUGGCCAUUGAAUGAAAUAAAAUUGUUAUGAAAUAGGCAGUUACUAAGGGUCGGCAUGAUAAAGUGAAAUGUAUGCUAAAGGAAUAAAAUUACCGUAGAAACAUGUUGGAAGUAAAAUAAUUUAAAAAGAAAUAAAAUUACACAAAUUUUAUAAAAAUCUAA